AUGAUAAAGUUCGUAGAUGAGCAGCUCAUUGGAUUGCUUGACAGUAUUGCCGAUGCUAAGAGGCAUGAGAUACACAUAAUGCACACUGCAUAUUCUGAAGUAUGCAAAUAUAGCAAAUGGGUGAUGAAUCCGGAAGUAAUGCAUGCAGAGCCAAAAUUUGAUGUAUCUUUGCUAAACAAGGUAUACAUAGGAAAUGUUGUCUGCUCAAAAAGCACCAUACUGGACAUUCUGAAUGUAUUUGGCCGAUUUUCAAUAAACUACAUCUGCAGCAAGGAAUGUGUGUUUGUGGACUUUGACAAUCCGCAUGCUGCAUAUUUGUGCAUGGAGGAGGUGAAUGGAAUGGUAGUUGAUGGAAAGUCAUUAAAAGCCGGUAGAACAUCUUCGUUUCCGUCUGAAAUUCCGCAUGAAAUACGAAAUCCAGAUAAGUGCAUUGUGUAUGUAUCCAAUGUUAGCCAGGAGGUAGAAGAAGCACAUCUCGAGGAAAUAUUUUCAGGGAUAGGAAAGGUAAAUUCGGUCAGGCUUUUGUAUGAUUCAUGGUUUGUACAUAAAGGAUAUGCAUAUGUCAAGUUUGAAUUUGCUGCUGAUGCAAGAAGGGCUCUUGGAUACACGAACAAGAUCUGUAUCUAUGGCAUGAAGCUAAGGAUUGGCCCGACAGUCAUAAAGAUGGAGAUGCCCGAGCCCGUGCAUCAUUCUGAGAUUCCAAAAAGGGUGUUUGAGAUUAAAAGACGAAUUGAAAGCAUGCUAUUCAGCAAGGGAAGGAUGGUUGUUUUGAAGAACCUGAUAGAUGAUGAGGAAGCUGACGAUGAGUUUGAGCAGGAGAUACAAGCAGAAAUGAGGAAGCUGGGGAAUGUCGUCAAGUUUGUGGUGCUGAAGAUACCCGAAGUGGCUGUUUACUGCAUGUAUUCCUCAGAAGACGAAGCAAGACAUUCGUUUGGGAUUCUGAACGGCAGGUUUUUUGGAGGAAGGCGAAUUCGAGCAGAGAUGUCGUCUGAAGAGUUUCCCGAGUAA